AGCGAGGCGGGCGGCGGGCGGUCAGAGCACAGCCGCAGGAUGUGUGACCGGAACGGGGGCCGGCGGCUUCGGCAGUGGCUGAUUGAGCAAAUUGACAGCAACAUGUACCCAGGGCUGAUUUGGGAAAAUGAUGAGAAGAGUAUGUUCCGGAUCCCUUGGAAACAUGCUGGCAAACAAGAUUAUAAUCAGGAAGUGGACGCCUCCAUUUUCAAGGCCUGGGCAGUUUUUAAAGGGAAAUUUAAGGAAGGUGACAAAGCUGAACCAGCCACGUGGAAAACAAGGCUACGCUGUGCUUUGAACAAGAGUCCGGAUUUUGAGGAAGUAACAGACCGGUCCCAGCUGGACAUUUCUGAGCCAUACAAAGUUUACCGCAUCGUCCCCGAGGAAGAGCAAAAAUGCAAAUUAGGCAUGGCGACUCCUGGCUGUGUGAAUGAAGUCACGGACAUGGAGUGUGGGCGCUCUGAAAUUGAUGAGCUGAUCAAGGAACCUUCUGUGGACGACUACAUGGGGAUGGUCAAAAGGAGCCCUUCCCCACCUGAGGCCUGCAGGAGUCAGCUCCUCCCAGACUGGUGGAUGCAGCAGCCCAGCGCAGCAGGCUUGCCGCUGGUGACAGGAUACACGGCCUACGACACGCACCAUUCAGCCUUCUCUCAGAUGGUCAUCAGCUUCUACUAUGGGGGCAAGCUGGUGGGCCAGACCACCACCACCUGCCCCGAGGGCUGCCGCCUGUCCCUGAGCCAGCCGGGUCUGCCCAGUGCCAAGAUGUAUGGGCCCGAGGGCCUGGAGCUGGUGCGCUUCCCGCCGGCCGACACCAUUCCCAGCGAGCGGCAGAGGCAGGUGACUCGGAAGCUGUUUGGGCACCUGGAGCGUGGCGUGCUGCUGCACAGCAGCCGGCAGGGCGUGCUGGUCAAGCGGCUGUGCCAGGGCCGCGUGUUCUGCAGUGGCAACGCUGUGCUGUGCAAGGACAGGCCCAACAAGCUGGAGCGUGACGAGGUGGUCAAGGUCUUUGACACCAGCCAGUUUUUCCGAGAGCUGCAGCAGUUCUAUGGCAACCAGAGCCGGCUGCCAGACAGCAGGGUCAUGCUGUGCUUCGGAGAAGAGUUCCCAGACAUGACCCCCUUGCGCUCCAAACUCAUUCUCGUGCAGAUUGAGCAACUCUACGUCCGGCAGCUGGUGGAAGAAGCUGGGAAGAACUGUGGUGCUGGGACCAUGAUGCAGGCUCCCGAGGAGCCUCAGCCAGACCAGGUCUUCCGGAUGUUUCCAGAUAUUUGUGCCUCCCACCAGAGAUCCUUUUUCAGAGAAAACCAACAAAUCACAGUUUAAGUCUCUCUCUCGGGCACCCCACCCUGCCCACAUCUCGAAUUUCAUUAUUACAAUUACUGUCGUAAUUAUUUAAGGAUGUGGAUCCCUCUGACCUGGGGUGGGGUGCUUCACUCUGCUCUUAAUUUAGUAAGGGCAUUCUCUGAGGACUUGACAUUUAAAGGCAAAUUGUAUCACAGUUCUACUCUUCAGAUGUAAACACUGAAACUCACACCAAAUGGUCUGGAUGCUGUAACUAGAACUGUGAUUAAAACAUAUAUUUCCUGCAUUUUUUCCUAAUUAUCAUUAGUUGCUACAAUUCUUUCAGCAUUUUGGGAUAACCGAUAUUUCCAAAGACUUGGCAUUCAGUUUGGCUAGCACAUAGCUGCUUCCAGUAAAGAAAUUUGGAGAAGAUCGACUUGUGAAUACAAGGCUGCUUUUCGUCGUUAUCUUUUGUUAGAGCUAUAAAUUUAUGAUUUCAUGUUCUUGA